UUAUCUCUUAUCUUAUUAGUCUGUGAUUAUUGUUAAGCUAAGCGAAGGCGAAAGCGCUUUUGCAACUUUUUGGCUUGGCUAUAGUAUAGCCACGUUUUGUUACCUUGCGCUAGUUGCGCUUGCGCCGAGAGGAGCUCGUUUAGUGCAGUACUGUUUCAGUUUUUUAUAAGUAACUAAAGAGAAAAGUAGGAAAAUCGUUUGUUUAAGAAGCAGACAAUGGGAAAGUACCGAACUCUCAGAUAUUACAUGCGAAGGCUCAAAAUCAAGGAUGAAGUUCAUAUUCUCAAAAACUGUUCUCUUGUCAUUGAAGGAGAUAGUUUCUUCAGGCAACAAUACAAAGAGAGUGGAUUCAAUUUCAUCCUUGGAGGCGAAUUUGACAGGUAUGCUGAGUAUUUAAGAAACAUACUAAAGAUCUUCAUUAAAAGCAAUAUAACUUGUUAUGUGGUAUUAACCGGGGCUAUGGAUAUAGACUUAGAAAUGAGAAAGCUGAUUCAUCAAAAUAUCAUAGAUGACAGGUAUAACAUUGUACCCGGUGAUGAAAAGUUUAAUGAACCAAUUUUUGCAAAAGGUGUGCAUAGGGAGGUGCUUGAAGAACUAGGAAUAAGUUACUGUGUGACUGAGUACAACGCACGCCAAACUCUCCUAGACCUAUCCAGAGAGUUCAACUGCCCUGUCCUGACCCACAACUUUGAACAGUGUCUUCUUGGUAUAACUUGCAUUAAUCCAAGCACAAUAAUGUAUGAUGAAGCAAAAAACCAAAUAUCAUGCCUAAAACAAACCCCAGAUACUUUUAGAAAUCAUAUUAGAAUGUAUGAGGAUUUGAAGCCAGUAUUCUUGACAAUUUUAGAUGAGAAUUUACCGCUUUACGAUAAGAUUCCUGAAAUAAUAGGGUCAAAUCCAAAAUGGCCUGUUGCACCAUUGUUAUACUGGAUCAGAAAACAAGAGAGAGAGUCCUUAGAAAGUGUGAUUGACAAAUUAGACAUGCUGUUAAUUUCAGAGGUACAGAAACAAAUGGUUCAAGAGUCAAUUGAUGAACUUACAAAUCUAAUUUUUCAUAGAAGAGAGUCCCAUGCUUUGAGCUAUUUAAAGGGAGAACGGAAAACUGUAACUUUGGACAAUAAGAGAGAGUGGUUCAUAAAUGGUAUACUGACUGACAAAAUUCCAAAUGUUUACAUAAAUUUAAAAAAUAAGGCAGCUUUUUCGGGCUCAUGGGUACUUUUUGAUGAAAACAAACGGGAUGCACUUCUGCCUAUGUUGGAUAUUGUUAUGUAUGCCUACAGUCUUUUGUGGGAUAAACCACAAAGUUUAACUUUCAUUGGUCGCAAGGGACGCUAUGUGGAUGUAACUAUUAUACCGCCAAAAUAUUCAAGGACCUCAAAGGAAGAGGGGAAAAAAGAAGGGAAUUUUGAGAAGUUCAUUGAAGACACGCUGCCAGGUUUUGAUUGGUCUUUGCUAAGGAAUGUUCCUGAAGAUAGUUGGCUGCUCAUAAUUAGUCUGAUGUACUACAUUUCGAAGGCCAAUGGGGAUUUCACCAAAGAGGCUUACAGUAUUAUUCUGUCAUAUGUCAUGCUUGGGCCCGUGUCAGCGAAAGUUGGGUUGCUUAGGAAUGAAAAGAUGAAGUCUCUCAGUUGGGAAUCAGGAGAUGACGACGCUGGAGUCUGCGCUUACAAAGACUGCUUGGAGGCGGCAAAGGCUAUGAUGGAAUACUUUGAUGAAGGAGAUAUCAAGAAUACCUUUGAUCGAGGCACUCUUCACGAUUUGGCAGAGUUCCAGCAUUGCUUGCAGCAUGUGAACUUUUUGAACAAGUUGUGCGGAAGUUUAGAAUGCACGAAAUACCACAAGACGUAUAAUGGUACCUUCGUGUUCAAUGUUCUUCUGCAACUGAGGAAACUCGAUGACGCAAUGCUGUUUAUUGAACCUAAGCUUGAGACUAGCCCUUCAGUGCUAUCUUUUUACAAAAGCAUUAAAGAAGUCUUUGAUAAUCUUUUGUCUGCAACGAACCUAAAAUAAACCUAUAAUAAAUAUUGUCUGUAACUAACUUAAAAUAAAUAAUUAUUAAUACUGUAAGCUUCAUUUGAAACACAUUAUUUUUGUACUCUUUCGUUGUUUGUUGUAAUUUCAUAUGCGUAGGGUGGCAUACGCAAACGGUACAUAUUACCACAUUGUUGCUUGCCAUAACUGCCAUGAAAACUCGCUGACAUGCUAUUCCUAUUAUACCUUUUAAUAGAACGUUCGAUGUUUAUAUAGGUACAACAAAAUAAAA